AUGCUCAAUUCUCGGCGCGCCAUCGUGGCCGCCAUAUUCAUCCUCACUUUCUUCUUCCUCCUCUCGAGAUCGCACGAGUCUCCCUCAGCUCCCUCGACCCCUCAUGCCGCCGCCUCCAACAAUGACGCUCCUGCCUCGAACCCCGAUUCUACAACCCCCAAGCCUGCGGAACCUAAGGAGAUGGAGGUGAAGCCGCGACGCAUGAGGCCCCGCAUUGACAUGUCGGACAUGUCCACCGACGGCAAGCUCGCCUACGCAUACCCCUACGAUGUCGAGUCCAAGUUCCCGGCCUACAUUUGGCAGACUUGGAAGUACAGCCCCGACGAUCCCAACUUCAAGUUCCGUGACGAGGAGGCGUCCUGGACUGACGAGCACCCGGGCUUCGUCCACGAGGUCAUCACUGAUGAUGUCGCUGUCAACUUGCUUCGCCUUCUCUACGCCUCGAUCCCUGAGGUGCUUGAGGCCUACAACGCCAUGCCCCUGCCUGUCCUCAAAGCCGACUUCUUCCGCUACCUCAUUCUCUUUGCUCGUGGUGGUAUCUACUCAGAUAUCGACACAUUCGCCAUCCAGAGCGCAUUCAAAUGGAUCCCAGAGGAGGUUCCCCGAGAAACCGUUGGUCUUGUCAUUGGCAUCGAGGCUGACCCUGACCGCCCUGACUGGGCAGACUGGUACAGCCGUCGCAUCCAAUUUUGUCAGUGGACCAUCCAGAGUAAACCUGGACACCCCGUCCUGCGCGAUAUCAUCGGCCGCAUUACCAACAAGACGCUCGCCUGGAAGAGCGCGGGCAAGCUCGAAAAAUUCCAAGGCAACGAUGUGGUGGAGUUCACAGGUCCGGCCCUGUGGACAGAUACCGUCAUGGACUAUUUGAAUGACGGGCGCUACUUCGAUGUCAGCGCAAGCAAGGAAAAGAUUGAUUAUCGCCAAUUCACGGGCAUGGUGACGAGCAAGCGGGUGGGCGACGUUGUGGUCCUGCCCAUCACAAGCUUCUCUCCAGGUGUGGGACAGAUGGGCGCCAAAGAGCCCGAUGAUCCCAUGGCCUUCGUGAAGCAUGACUUUGAAGGUACAUGGAAACCCGAGAGUGAGCGACACAUGGGCGAGCAGCAGGAGGAGACCGUACAACCGCCAAAGCAGCAGGUCAUUCAGCAAUAA